AGAAGAGAGCUUUGAAUCUAUGGAGGCUGCGAAAGAAAGAGUCGGCUUGCUUGACAAGAUCCUUCCUCCGGCGUUGGCAGACGCCGGCCUCGAAGAUUGUGCUCUUCCACCUGAUUCUAUACACGAGGCAUUUCGUAAAGCCGCAGACGCCGUGAAAUCACGCGCGGCGACGCUUUUCGAGGACGACGAGGAAGAAGGCGGCUGUGUAGCUGAUCCGAAACCGGCAUCCACCGGAUCUUCUGAUACGAUCAUCGCUGGCGGGGAAAAUAGAGGGGAGACUGGGCCGUGUCUAGUCGGAAAGGGAAAUGAGAAGUUGGAUGAUGCGUUGGUGGUGGCAGGGGAAGGAGGAGAAGGGAGGAGUUGUGGUGAUGGUUUGAAAGAGUUAGACGUUGAUGGUGUUGAGAGUGGGAAGGGGGAGAAGGAUCAGAGUGAAGAGGAUGAAGAAGAGGAGAUGAAGCCGAUUUUGGUUGAAGGAUUUGUUUGAGAGUGUUCACAGUGUUCCACGAGUUGUGUAUAUAAAAUAAAGGAUUAGACUUUAGCAGCUUUUUCCUUUAAAGGUCUGAGCUUUACACCAUUUGGCAAUGGUAGCAAAGCUUAUGUAUCGGAUGUUAAACAUGAGACUGGAUGAAAUACGAUCGCUUUUGACUUGCUUUUUCUUGCUUCUGUUCCAUGAAAUAUUUGAUUUUGUUUGUUAUUCUGUCUCAAUUUCAAGGAUAGUGAUUGCAGCAAUGAUGCUGAGCUACCCGCUGCUCCUUAGUAGGCAUGUGUCUUGUCUAUCUCUUCUUGGAGAAUCAAAUUCCAAAUUGAAUUAUGUAGUUUGUGUGUUGGUGACUCUGUUUUGAACAUGUAUUGUGGAGAAGAAAAGAGUCUUAUUAGCCCUUGGUCUGUCAAAAGGCAUUUAGA